AUGAUUGCGACAACAAGCGGCAGCGUCCUGCCUCCCCAUGAUCACCUCUGUCCCUCCCCGCUACACAUUCACAAAAAGCAGCGCAAAGCGACAUUUCGCCGACGCAUAUUCCGUAAGUCCACCCACAGUGACAUUAGCGAUCAGUACGAGCUGCCGCUCAAUGAUAGCGUCAACCUGUCUGUCCUUGACUGGGCGUGUCCAGUCAAAGCACCACCGCCGUGCACCACGCUACCUCUGUCCAUCAGCCGUACUCCAAGCCAUCAUCCUCUGACGAUACCGAAGAACAGGAACAGUCGCUCAUCAGCUUCAAGCUCGAGUUUUGGGGGUCCAAUGACGCAUUCGCGCAACAGCAGUCAAGCUAAGGAUGUCAAUAGCGCCUCAGGGCUUUUUCCACACACCAUGGGUUCCAUGCCUUGGCCUUUGCUCGAUGGGCCCUUGUCUGAAUCUACACAUGCGCCAAGGGUACUAGGUCCCGCCAAGGGUCCUGAGGGUGUGAGCGCUCAACAGGCUCUAGAAGGCAUGAUCCAUAACGAACAAGUUCGUAACGAACUGCCAAAGCGGCCCAAGUCGAAUAAGUUGCGGCUCUUUACGAAUGGUUUUCCUCUCUUGCGCCGUCAAGGAAUUAGGGAUGCGAGUGUCAGCACUAGAACUGUGUCUGACACAGUCUCAUCGCCCGUCAAAACAAUAUCUACAACCCACGAUGAGGACAAGGAAAGGUCAUUUGCACAAGGCGUGAAUGAAAGCGCCAUCAUGGCUUAUUUGGCAAGGAAUGCUCGCAAUGGGGAAAAGAUCAAGUCUAUCAUGGAUCUCUUCACGAAGCACAUGCCCCCGCCCACAGACUACGAGCGAGAGGUGGCUGAUGCGUAUGUUCCGGACUCGCCUCUCGCGCUACCGACUACUCUACGAGCGGCGAUUAGACUGUUCCCGGAUGCCAAGAUGCUUACAGAGGACGUGCAGGAGGUUACCGUCGCAAUCGAUAUUGAGGGAACUCUGCACAAUCAAAGAUCUCUUUCUGAAACCGCGAUAGACGUGGUCUUUGUGGUAGACAACGGGUACUAUGUGACCCAGGCCUGUCUGGAAAAGUCCCUAGAAGCAGUCAAGGGAGCUCUGUAUCACCUCGGCUCCGAGGACCGGUUGGCGCUGUAUACCACACAUUGCACUCACCGGAAAGUGACCGGAAAUCGACCUGACAUGCUGUAUCCGAUACGACGAUUCAGCAAAGAUACGGAAUCAAUGAUUCGAGAACUUACAGCUACGAUUUUACGGUCCGGUACCCAAGUCUGGGAUCCGCCUCGGCCAAACCCAUCUAUGGUCGAUGUCAUCCUUGGUAUAGCUAGGUCACUUGAGGUUGAACGUCUCAAGGCUGGCCGUACCCAUAUUAUUGUACUAUCGCCCGCAGCCCAUGUACUUCACGAUGUAUCAAAGUACUUUGCAGAUCUCCAUCUCCAUAGAAUCAACCCGGCCAUACUUCCGUAUCGUUGCCAGCCGGAGUUUCAAGAUACGAUCUGCACUGAUACCUGCUGUAAUAACGUAUUUGCGAGCAACUGGUCCAAGUAUCAGUCGACUCGUAGUCGCAUCAAGCGCAUCUUACGAAAUGCGCGAUGCGACAAGCCUGUAGGAGAGCUGGCUGACUUGAGCGUCGAUGUCCGGGCCAGAACAGGCUGCGAGCUUAUCGAGUUUUACGGGAAUAAGGAGGUUCCUCAGCUAUACCUGGGAGAAGUGCACACGCUAUUCGUCAAAGUACGCGUCACCAAGGAGGAGGCCCGGAGCAUCAAUCUGGACUCUGAUAACCCCAUUCUCAACUCGAACCUGAAUGCCAAUGGCUUGAGACAGGAGCUAUUGAAUUCUGUCCAUGUAGGUGCGACCAGGCUACACCUUUUCGACGUGCAGGUAUUGUAUCGCAACUCCAUACAUGAAUUGCGAACCUGGAACUACACUGAGAGCCCUUUGAUCCUCAUAAGCGAGAUGGGCGGUCUAGCCCCACCUCGGGAUCUAUCCCUGGAGGUUUACAGGCGCCAAUACUUCUACCACAUCACCCAGGUCCCACCUGACGAAGCCAAGGCUGUGGCUGAGAGUAUUCUUGAUGCACUGGCCGAGAACAACGAACAAGCCAAGGAGCUGGUUGAGUGUAUGAUUGAGGAACUGCGGUGGCAUUUGGCGAUUCGCGAGUACGAGCAACAAUGCCGGCAAAGGCUUCCGCUGUGCCCUGGCCCUAUUGAAAUUGAAACACCCCACCAGUGGCUGAUGGAGUUGUGGAACCACCGGAAGAACAGGUGCGGCUGCAUCGACGCCUCUGACCGUCUAUGA